CGACGACGUAUUGAAGAAAGCUAUAAAUGCGUAGGGGCCUUAGCGGAAGCAGAAAGCCGGAAGAGAACACGAUCGGAAGGAGGACGAAGAGAUCGCCACGCCGUGUGCCGCCGCCUCUGGAGCUCCCUCACCUCAUCCGCCGCCGAUGAGGGCUUGAUGUCGCUCGUAUAAACUUCACUCGAAUAGUUAGAAGAUGGACAGUCAAAAUCAAGCUCCAAUAAACGGGGUACUGAUAAAUAAACCGAGGAAAAAGAAAUCCACAUUACCAGAACCCGAAUCAUUCCAGUCAGCCGGCGAAAAUAUGAAAAGGGCUAAUGAGAUGCGGCUUGCAUCUGAUCAAAAGGGACAAAAGGCCUCCAAAAGGGGCGCCAAGAACAAUAAUGCAUCCCCAUCCUUCCCUGAAGGAAUGGCCACACCCACAGAUUCCCUGGCAGAUAAUUCCACUCCCGGGAAUGAUUACAGAGCUCUGAGGCGAAAGUACUUGCUCUUGGAGGAGGAAAGCUUCGGAUUGGGACGAGAGUUGAAGGCUGUGGAAGACGAGAUCAAGGCCCUUGAAGAGGAGAAGGACUCUCUGUUGGAUGAUCUUGUGGUCAUGGAAGGUCUUGUUGAUCCUUCAGAUCUUCAACCUCAGGGCCAAAGAUUGCAGUAAUUUUGUGUAUCAUAAUUUUCAGGUAUGUGUUUUGGAAUCAUCGAUUGCAAUUUACGACAAGUCAAGUCAUACUAGACGAAUCUUAUGUAACAGGUCGACCUGGAGGUGUCGGAGUUUGAACACAUGCACGGAUUUUGACAUCAUUUUAAAUAUUUCUAUGCCUAAGUUACAACUCAAGAGAGUAUAUGCACAACAUAUAUUGUGUUAUAAAAAAAUAUACUAUGUCCGUCCCAUUGAAAGAUUGUCAUUUUUCAUUUUUGUUCGUCCCAAAACAAGGUUAUUAUUUCAUAAUUUAGUAAUUGUACUACCUAUUUAACACAA